UGUAAUUAGAGGAAAAUUUAAAUAGAUAAUGGAUGGUAAUAAAUAUAUGAUGGUAAUGAAUCAUUGCAAGUGAUGGUAAAUGGCCAUGGAGAACGUUGAGGGAGGAUCUCCUUGUGCAGGGACGGGGUCUCAGUCUGGACAGUGCCGCCAUUUCUAUCUUGCGGUUGACAGGCUUCAGUUCAAGAUGCAAACGGUGGUGGAUCUGCUGGGCCUUGUGGGGCGACGACCCUCCCUUCCCAUGGUUGUGUGCUGCAGCACCCGCGACGACCUUGACUGUCUCUGCUCCGCCGUGUCCGGCCUCCCCUUCAUCUCCUCUUCCCCUCUCUACAGCGACCUUUCUGAACACCAACGCGCUUCUACUCUCGACAAGUUUCGCCACUUGAACCACCCCACUGACCAUGACGACGACAAGGAGCGCACCUCCCAUAUGAUCAUCGUCACGGACGCCUGCCUUCCUCUGCUUUCUUCCGGGGAGUGUCCCCUGAACGCUCAUCUUCUCAUCAACUACGACCUACCCCCGAAGAAGGAAACUUAUGGCAGGCGUUUAGCCACUUGUUUAUCACCUGAUGGUGUUGUGAUCAAUAUGGUUGUUGGUGGGGAAGUCGUUACUCUCAAAGCUAUUGAAGAAAGCAGCAAUAUUGUCAUGCAAGAGAUGCCAAUGCAGAUUCUUGACAUUUUAUGAAGAGUGAAACCAGAUAAUUGGAUCGUCUGUGUGAAUUCUAAUUGUUCUCAGUGUUCUGUGUCCCAUCACAGCUAUAGACAUUCCUUUUUUUCCCUUAUUCCUUCAAACUAUUUUGCAUGUGUACUUUUUUUCUAGGUUCAGAUUCAGAUUACACUACCUGUUUGUUGCAAAAUGUUCUGUCCUUAGAUAUAUCUUGUUAUAUAUUGUUGAAAUUUGUAAAGAUUAAAUGGGAAGGAAACUUUUAAACAGGCUGAUAGGUAAGACUAGUUACCAAGCUGCUGAUAGUGUGGCUACCAAUGGUACCCUUCCUUCCAGAGCAAAAUUCAUCAUAGUAGUGAGUUGAUUCAUGGUGAUAAAUUCAGAACAGAAUUUUAAAAUAGUUGAACCAAGUACCAAAUAAAAAAGGUAGUUUAUUUUAGACAAAUUAGCAUAA